AUGAAACUCCUCCCAACGCUAUCAGCGCUGCUCGGCACCUGCGCAGCAACAUCCCUCCACCUCAGCAUCUCUCCCUCCUCCUCGCUGCUGGACCUCAGCAAUCUCCCCUCCUCAACCCACGCAACCCUCUACGGACCCUCCGGCAAACGCGCCACUGCACCCCUACGCACCGACAACUCGUUCAUCUUCGCCAACCUCGAAGAAGGAGAAUGGCUACUCGACAUACACUCCAGAGACUACGUGUUCCCCAGCUUGAGAGUCGAUGUCGUAGACCCAGUCUCUAUACUCCCCAUCAAGCAAGAGGGCGAUGGAGAAGCUGCACCCGUGGCUUCGACUCCGGAAACAGUAGUCGUCUAUCUCACGCAUCCGUCCAAUAAAUGGGGCCAUCUGGGUGCCAAGAUUGCCGCUUCUACUGCAUCCUUGUCGUCGGCCGAACAAGUCAAACUCUCCGUUUCUGCAUUGGCAAGAAGAACAUUCUAUGAACAGAGACAAGGGUUUGAUCUCUUGUCCUUUUUCAAGAAUCCCAUGAUUUUGAUGGGUGUGCUGUCCAUGGGCUUGGUGUUUGGAAUGCCGUAUUUGAUGGAAAACAGUAAGUUGUUCAAACUCUCCAUUUCUUCUUCUGACUACAUCUAUGGCGUGUUUGCUGAUUUGCUAUACACAGUGGACGAAGAGACAAAGGCCGAGUUUGCGGAAAUUCAGAAACAGGGUCCCCUGGGUAUGGCCACUGGUGCAGCUGGAGGACCGGGCCAAAACACAGCACAGCAGAUCCAGAAUUUCGAUCUUGCUGGUUGGAUGGCAGGGAAAAAGUAA